CGCGCUCCGCUCUGUACUGCAGUGAGGGGACAUCAUGUCACUGCUCAUCCUUUGCUCAUGCUGUCUGUGAAGGAAUCCUGGCUCCUCUGUCUUCAUUCUCAACAUCUAUUCCUUUUCCUGCUUUUUCCCUUGUAGUGCUGCUGGGGUUGUGCAUGAGCUCUUCUGCUCAAGCUUUUUGCAACAGUACUGAGAAAUCCAGCCAGCUGUGUGGAAACCUGUUUUAUGAUGUUAAGAAAUACACCUGUUGUGACGGGAAUAUAACUCAAGGUGCUUUCCUGUCCUGCUGUGGAAGAACUGUCUACAAUACACUGGAGAGUUCUUGCUGCAACAAUGAGGUGACGGUUGGUUUGAGCCAAACUGUUUCAUAUUGCUGCAGAUCCAAGGCGUACAACCCCCUCAAUCAGAUCUGCUGUGGUGGAAACAUCUCGAACAAAACGUCUGCUCACACAGCAUGCUGUCACUCAGAGUUAUAUGACCUAAAGACACAUUUGUGCUGUAGAAAAACUGUGUUUCUUAAAGAAACAGACAGUCAUGUGUGCUGUGGCAACACAACAUUCGACAAACUCAUGCAGUGUUGCUGUCCGGACAAUCUUGAAGUGGAGAAUCGAGACAGCACAUGCUGUAAACAGAAUUUGGAAAGAGAGAGCAGAUUUCUGCCAAAUGCAAGCCAGCCAGCAACUUCUGUCCUGCACCUGCUGAAGGACAACGGAAUAGUGGAUUCUCAAGACUCAGUUCACUCCAACACACUCUACUGCGGAUUGGAGCCUUACAAUCCCCUUGAAGAUGUCUGCUGUUCAGGGAAGCUGGUUGCAAAAAAAUCUGGGGUCACUCAAUGUUGUGGUGCGGAACCAUACGAACUGUCAGAAGAGGGAGUGAUGUGUUGCGAUGGACACCUUUACCGUGACCAGCCAGCUGGCUCCAUAUGCACUGGGAAUGUACCGUACUCUCCACACAACUACACCAUCUGCCAGAAACAUGUGCACCUACCAGCAGGCCAACAGUGCUGUGGAAAGAAAACCUUUGACCCCCAUGAGGAGAUCUGCUGCAAUGGACGCAGCUAUAAAGGGUCAGAGAAGUACAUGGCCUGCUGUGGCUCUCAUACUUACAAUGUCAGUGCUGGUAAACACAUUUGCUGUUCUGGUCACCUCCAUAAACUGACACACCUGCAGAAUUAUGAAGAGGCUGGAUGCUGUGGUCCUCUACUGCUGAGCAGUAAGGAGCAACAGUGCUGCCACUCAGCAGAGAACACUCUGGUCUAUAAGAUCCAGCCUGGCCAUUCCUGCUGUGGCCACUGGUACUACAAUAUGUCCCUCUGGAGCUGCUGUGCCGGACAUCUCAUUCCCAAGCCAACACAUGGCUCACAGGCAAAGAUGGAAGAGUCAAAGCUUAUUCGACCCUUGUUGGACUACAGCAAGUCUGCCAUUUGCAAUAAGCCAGUACUGUACCAGUUACCCCUCUACAAAGUGCUGUUGGGAAGGGUGGCGAGUGUAGCGGUAAAGCACAAUGGACGCUUUGUAGUGCUGAAGGAGGUGCUGGAGGUGAAUGCCACUGAUGUGACAUCCUGCAGAAACUCUCUAGAAGUUGGACCUUUGGACCACUGCCUCUUCCCUGCUCUGAAGCUGGGCAGGACCUACCUCUGGACAAAAAACACACUGAACAAAUAUGAGCCCUUGGCCAGUGUUAUCGGCCUGAAUACUCCCAUUCACACCAUCUUGAGCCUUUGUCAGAGUAACCGUAUGUGCUAUUCUACUUAACAUUCAGGCCAAAUUCACUCAGCCUGCAGAAAGUAAUCCUUCACAAGGCAAUUCAAUGGGAAUGAUUUGGCACUUGCUAACCAUACCCAACACAGGUUCUUUAGUCUGGUUAGCAAAAAAAGAGCCAUGAAGAAACAAUUCAGAGAACACUUAUGUAAAGUAGGACAGUUUUGCUCACCAUUACAUCACAUUGUAUUUUGCUUCUAGGAAACACAAGUGCCUUAACACGAGUGCAUUGCCAAGGAUAUGUUGUUAGGAUGUAAUCAAGAAGGCAGAGACGUCUAAAGUGCAACUAUAACUAGGCUAACAACUCUAGGUGCUGUUAACAAGCACCAAAAACAAUGAAAAGAGAAAAGCUUGUGUAGAAGCCCACAAGUCAUUACUGUCUACCACUGCGCUGGUAGCUCCUCCAGUGUUAGCUUUAGCUAAAUAGUUCAUCUGAAGCAGCUUCUGUUACUCAGGUAGCGAAACCAAAACCUUCAGUGAUUUUUUUACUUCUCUGUUUUUGAAAUUUUAGGUAAUCUACCACAGCAUGAGUAAAAUAAAAAUUGAGAAAUGUAGGAAAAACAUCCAGUCAUACUUUCUGUGAUGUAAUAUACUCCAAGAACUAAAAGGUGAAGACCACAUAUUGAAUUAAAAAGUAAAAUACAUUUUUCAAUUUCAUAAGAAACAUGUUUUUUUUUAAGAAUACAGAUACACAUAGGUUGGAUGGAUAAAAGAAUGGAUAAAAAAUGGUUGAAAAUAAUAUCAACUGGUCAACACGUUCACUCACACGAACUCACAUAACCUCAGAGGCAAAUGCUUAACUGAGUCAAAAGCUUAAAGAAAGAAAUCAACAGGGUAAAACUCUAAAAGUAGAGGUGGGGUGAGAGCAGUCAUAGAAAAAAAAGAUUAUUUUUGUGCUCCAUAAAAAGUAGAUUACUACCGAUGCCUAAAGCAAAAAAAAAAAAAUUAAUAUUAUAGAGAAUAAAUGGAGAAGGAAGAAGCAUUAGGUCUAUAUACAGUAUUUAUUCUAUUAAACAGAGUAAGACGAAAACAGACACAAAUCGAGUACAUGUUUCAGCUUAUUGCUAUUAUCAGUGUCCAUCAAGCAACUUUCUUGGCCUAUAUCCUUAUAUCCUAUAAGACCAAGACAAAUUAGUGGGAAAUUGGUUAGAGCAGUUAUACCUUUAUGCAAAAUACAUCUACAUAUACAAUUGCUGAUUCAUCACUACUGAUCAAAACUACUAUAUCGCAGACUUGGAUGGGCUCAGAAACAAAACUGAACACUGUGUCAUUGGUGAGAUUCAGUCAACAAAGACAGUGUCUAUCAUGCAGGUCUUAAUGACAUUGGCAGAGUCACUCUCAGUCAGGCUCAAGACUUUCCUGACUGGUCACCUUUCACCCAGUUAUACUAUGAUGAAAAUACCCAGUUUCAGCUCCUGUAUCAUGUCUGGUGGGCAUAAAAGACCUUAUUUCAUAUCACAGCAUCUUUCUCAAUAGUAAUAUCACAGGCCUCGUUUAUGGAUACUUGAAUAUCAAAAUCAGUGGAAAUGCAUAACCCUAAUAUGCACUAUGAUUAAAUGUAUACAUUUACGUUAAUUCUGUGAUGCCACAUCUGCCAUUGCAAAACUAAGAGCAUUCCAAAAAACUUCCAUGUAGUCAGUCAACAAAAUGAGGUGUGACAACAACAUUAUUACCCGAGGUCACAGUAUCUUGCAGCGCAGGACUAAUUUUCAGCGUUGCACAUGGGAGCGGGUGGGGUCCCAGCCCACUGUAUGUGGGUGGGUGGGUGCAGGAUGAAAUCUUGCCGGAGCGGGCGGGCGCAGGACUGACAAAACAGUCCCGUGCAGACCUCUAUUACAUACAAACAACUUUAUGGCAUACACUUUAUCAGUGUUGUCGCUGACCCACUGCCAUCAGUGUGGUUUUCCUCCUGAUUUAGCAUCACUCAGGUCUGCACUGGCCCAGAAUGGCACAAUGCAGCUGUGGCAAUUGCUCAGCCCAACAGUGGAAAAGAGGUUAUAAUUUACUACCCUCCUCCUUUCUUGCUUCUAAACCCUUUACAACUACGGAUGAACUUUGUGGUAGGUCUCCUGCCAAGAAAAACUGUAGCAAAAACUUUUAAUGAUUGUUUGUGUUUAUCAGUUUAUGUCAGAAAGAAAUGAAGUUCAGAAUGAUCAAGUUCAGUUCACUUGACUGCAUAAGAAGCCACAGAGGACAUGAUCAGGUGGCGUCUGAUUGGACAUAAUCCGUGUGACUUGUGUAGUCCAUUUACAGAAAACACAAAAAAUGUGUCUUUGUCCUUUGCUGUCAAUAAAUUUGGAUUAUUGAUAUAAUGUCAAAAAUAACUAAAUAUGGGAGCAACAUAUUGUACAAGCGUCUCCAAUUCAUAGUUACUGUAGCCAUGUUUCCCUAUCCUAAAACUAUGUCCUGUUUCAAUAUGUUUUUUAAAAGUGCCCUCACUAAUUUUAAUUCGCCCCUUGGAUGUGGCCACUUGUAGCACAAAGGAGGUGGGAACGGCAGGGGGUGAAUUAUUUAACCCUUUACACGGACAGGGCCUGCUGGUGGACCCAAUGUUUUAUUACACACUUCUAUAACUUGUAGUGACAAAAAAAAGCCUGGGACUUUAAGGGGUUAAUCAGAAUCCCUCUUGGUAGUCUUGCAAACUCAGCCCUGUAAAAUUCCUGGGCACUCAAACAGUGGCUUGAUUUUUUGCUAAUUCACUUCACUACAGAACCUAGUCCCUAUGUUGCGGGUAAUCCAAAGCAGCAGUUGUAAACAUGAAAACGCUUAAAGUCCAGAACAUUUGGCAUCUAGGAAUGGAAUUCGUUUUUCCUAGACAGACAGCUAAAACCCAGGAUGAUCCAGGAAUCCUGGAUGAGUAGCAGCCCUAGCCCUUGGCCAGGUUACCUGCAGUGAGCUAAUCAGCUAGCCAUGCAAACCUUUUUCAGAUGUCACACAUUUAGUGAAUUAUUGCUUUUAUUGAUGUUGUUGAUAUUUUUGGGUUGGAAGUUACUGCAGGCCCUCUUAGCUACUUAGCUAGUUUAGUAUUGCAGUGAGCUCAGAAAAUAGGGAACACAUUAUUUGGGUUUAUUUUCUUGAAGGAUUCUUAUAGCCAAAGCAAAAAGAGCCUUUUGCUUACGCUGGUUCAUGCUUAUUUCAACAAGAUAAACUAGGCAAGUUUAUCGCUAGGCUGCACCCUCAAAUAAAGCGGAAAUAGCUGUUUUUAUGCGAAAAAUAAAAUGAUUUCAUCUGGACGCGGUUUAUGGAUAUUCUAACACGAAGCACAUCUUAAUGCAGUGUGUGAACAGUCUGAAGCGGGCAGCAUAUUUCAAAUGAAAACAAGGUUUUGUACCUAAUGUCUUUUUGACGAAACCAAUGGGACGGGGUGCACUGCUUGCUGAACAGUACACCUGUACUCUAGAUAUUUGUUCAGAGACUUUGUUCUCCCCUUGAAUGCGAUUGGCCCGCUGCAUGAAGGGGCUUCAAGCAGUCCUGAGAUAGAGUUCUUUUUAGGUUAUAUAUAAUUUGCUUUCAUUUAGUUCUCUUGUCGUUUGACGUUUAUACUGUUGGCUUUAUUCUGCUUGUGCUUAAGUUCUCUAAGCCCGGUGCAUGUUAUAGACACCAGUGAACAUAAUCGUGAAACACUAAUUUAUAUAUCUUUACAUUUUCAUACACUUUAUAUAUCUGUCUAUGUUUGUGAUGUGUGUUACGCACCUUAAGCUGAUUAUACGCUUAAAGAUUACUCAGUGCUGUGCAUGGAUUUCUUCCAUGCUGUUACAUCAGCAUUAGGCUAAAAGGACUUGAAAAUGGUUUCAGGCGACAACUUUAUGCAUUGAUGAGGAUUUCAUAUGCUACUUGUGUGCAUUGUAGAAUGUGACAAGGCCAGUGCACCACUCAGUAGUUUUGUAUAAGAUAAGAAAAGAUGAGGCUUUAUUGUCAUUCGCAUCACGUGGUACAUGGGGUGGAAUGAAAUAGUGUACUCGAGGUCCCAGUUAACUCCCAAAGUAAAGUCUAGUCAUGUAUAAACCUUCAUUUAAAAGUAUUCAAAUAAAGUGUUUAAGAAACAUCAGAAUGUAAUGUUUUUUUGCAUUUAUUUCAGUGUAAAACAUCACGGCUGUCGGAACAGGAUCUUUUUUGGACAUAGUUUGAAAAUGGCAGCUGCUGUUUACAUCAGACUAAUGGCAAACAAAUUAUUAGAAAUGCUUCUUAACAUAGAUUAAAAGUUAAGAUGGUUUUUCAUUCUCCUGGAAAGUUACUUUUAGUUUUUUAGAAUUAACUGAAAAUGAGUCAGCUUGCAUUUUUAAGGAGGUAUUAACUUCAGGCUCCUGCAGAUGCCAUUGCAUGAGGAUGAUUGGGCUAUAAAUAUCUGUAGGUUGUGCCACAGGAUUCAUAGAUGGAGCUGUCUUUAUGCUGGUGGUGAUAGGAACCAGGGGUUGUGAUAUCUACAACACAGAUAUAGCCAUUUUAUAUUUUACAUAAACUUAAAAAAGUUAUAUAAAGGGUUCUUUGGUGAACUAUUGAUCUUGCAGUGGGUGGUUUUAAGCCAAAAGCUUACAUCUCAAAACUACUAGAAGAAAACAUCUCAGGCAUCUGGCAGCAUAUUCAAAAUCAUGUCACUGAACUACUUGCAAGGAAGCUUUUAGAGGCCUUCAAAUCUUCAGAUGUCUGGUUCCUAUCACCACAACUGUGAGUUUCUCUGGGAUGGAGCAAUUCACACUGAACCGCUCUGAAAGCUCUGUUUACAUCUUAUAAGCAUUUCAAAUUAAAAGCUAAAAUAUGCAGGACUGCACUCAUUGUGCAAUCAUUAACUUUAUACAGCUUUUACAGCUGAAUCAAUGUGAACAGAUUCUCCAAUUGUGUUGCAGCAUUUAAAAACAGCAUUAACUUGGAGUUCAUUUAGUUUGCUAACCUUAAGGUUUUACUUGUUAGAGCAAAAAACAAUCACUUCCCUUUUAUCCUUGUCGGAUGUACGUUUACUGGCCACUUUAUUAGAAACACCUAUCUUGUUAGUCCACUAGGUUUACAGUUAGAAACUGUAGCUCAGUUUGUGUUAGCUAUCUUUUAGCCUUUCAUCAGUGGUAAGUUCUGACCACAUUACCACUGCUGACAGGAUAUUAUUGGUUGAAAGGCAAUUUUCACCCCAGCACUGCUAGCUUGUUACCUACUGCAAACUGCCCUAAUCAUAAUAAUCACACACACACACACAUACAUACACAUACACACGCACACGUUCCAAGCCGAUUAUCCUCCUAGGGAGAGCUGGAGCCUAUCCCAACAGUCAUUUCUCUUUCAGAGAGAGGAGAAAUGUGCAAUUAGACCAGCUGUGUACCUCAGAUGAGGAAAAACUAUGAAGUCAAUGAAAUGGGGAUCCAGUCAGUGGUACUACGGGUGCAAUGGGCACACUUGCCCAGAGCAGUGGGCAGCCCGGGGAGCAGUUUGGGGGUUAGAUGCCUUGCUCAAGGACACCUCAGUCAUGUACUGUCGGCUCUGGGAGAAGGAGAAGGAGCUACACUUCUUGUUUUAGCAAAGUUCAUCAGUCAGUCAGUCAGUCAGUCAGUCAGUGAAUAAGCAAAAAUGCCUCUUCUAGACCGGCCCACUAGAUAGUCCAGCCAAAAGAGCAGUACCAGUCUACUGCUGGCAGUUGAGCAAACUACACAUAGUGAGAGCAAAUUGUUAGAACAAUCAUUCCAUGUUUAGGCCAAAGGCUGUGAUUUGCAUUGUUUAUUACACAAAGAACAGGAAGUACAAAACUACUAUUAGUUUAUUAGUUUAAAAACAACUAAUACAAUGACUGAAACACCCUCCUUCCAUUCAGAACAAAGCAAGUUACAGGGUCAACCAAUAGGCAGCUGAAAGGUCACUUAAAGAAACUUUCAGCUUUCAUUUCAUUAAAACAAGCAUUCAAAAUGAAGAGAAAUAUCACAUCAAACAACAAAAAAGAACAAAAAACAAAGAACCUGAAAAAAGGUAAAGAAACUCUUUAAUUAGAAAUGUCAUGAUUGGCCCCUCUCACUUCUGUCCAUGUGUUCAUGUUUUGGUUUAGCCCCCUUGUCUCAUGACUCCGCCCCUGAUUGUCUCCACCUGUUUUCCACCUGUCCCUCAUUUUCCAUGUGUAUUUAAGCCCUGUGUUUGCCCCUUGUGUUCACUGGUUAUUGUUUGAUUGUAUCGGUCUCUGUUGUUUGCUCGUCAUGUUUGUACUGUUUGGAUCAUUGGGUGUUUAUCCCGUCAUGUCUGUCCCCUGAUCGCUUUGUGUUGCAUCUAUGACCUUGGACUGUUUUGACCACGACCCUGGAUUUGCCCUCAAUAAAAGUCGCUUACCUCA